AGACAAUGUUGAAGCAUGGGUCCAUUUCAAUGGCGAAAAACCACAACCAUGGCCAAAAUGCCCUAGAACAACACCAAGUUGUGGUGGUGAUGGUACCAUUUCCAGCACAAGGCCAUCUCAACCAACUCCUCCAACUCUCACGCCUCCUCUCCUCCUCCUCCUACCACCACCACAUCCCCAUCCACUACGUUGGCUGCGCAGCCCACAACCGCCAAGCCAAGCUUCGAGUCCACGGUUGGGACCCCAUUUCAUCAACCAACAACAACAACAACAACAUCCAUUUUCAUGAUUUCUCAACCCCUCAUUUUCUCUCUCCUCCACCCAACCCAAAUGCCUCCAUUAAAUUCCCCUCUCACCUCCAACCUUCCUUCGACGCCUCGACGCAGCUUCGCGAGCCGGUCGGGGCAUUUCUACGAACACUCUCUGCCUCUGCUCGAAGAGUCGUUGUUAUUCAUGAUUCUUUGAUGGCUUCUGUGGUUCAAGAUGUGGCGUCGAUACCAAACGCUGAGUCUUACGUUUUUCGUAGUGUGUCGGCUUUUACUCUCUUUUUAUACACUUGGGAAGCCAUGGAAAGGCCGUUUGCAAUUGAUGCCGAGAUACUCAAAGACGUUCCUUCAUUGGAAGGGUGUUUCACUGCUGAGUUUGAGAGAUUCCUUAGCAACCAAGUUGAUUACCAAAAGUACAGCUCUGGCUAUCUUUACAACACCAGCAAAGCAAUUGAAGGUCCGUACCUCAAUUUGCUUGCAAAGGAACAGAUCAGCAAAGGCAAGAAACACUGGGCCAUUGGACCAUUCAAUCCCGUGGCAAUACAGCACAGCACAAACACCAAUCAACGCCAUGAAUGUUUGAAGUGGCUUGACAAACAACCUCCAAACUCAGUGAUAUACGUUUCUUUCGGAACCACCACCUCUUUCACCGAUGAACAGAUCAGAGAGCUCGCAGUCGGGUUAGAACAGAGUGGUCACAAAUUCAUUUGGGUACUCAGAGAAGCUGACAAAGGAGAUGUGUUUGUUGGAGAAGUGAGGAGAGCUGAGCUGCCAAAAGGGUAUGAAGAGAGAGUAAAAGGGAGAGGCAUGGUGGUGGGAGAGUGGGCGCCACAGUUGGAAAUUCUGGGUCACCCAUCAACAGGUGGGUUUGUGAGUCACUGUGGUUGGAAUUCAUGUAUGGAGAGUCUUUCUAUGGGAGUUCCAAUCUUGGCUUGGCCAAUGCACUCGGACCAGCCAAGGAACACUGUGCUCGUGACCAAAUUUUUAAAAGUUGGUGUGGUUUUAAAGGAUUGGGGCCGUCGAGAGGAGUUGGUUACGGCGACAAUGGUUGCAGAGGUGGUGAAGAGAUUGAUGGGUUCGGAGGAAGGAGACAAUAUUAGGAAGAGGGCGGCGGAAUUAGGCGGAGCCGUGCGGGAAGCAGUCGCGGAAGGUGGCGUUUCUCGCAUGGAGUUGGACUCUUUCGUUGCUCAUAUCAGUAGGUAGAUUUUGGAUUGAUAAAAGCCUAUCUCCCAGAAAAGCACAAAAUCUUUUCUUUUCUGAUUCCAUUUUCCGGGUCAAUAAACAUGCUGUUUGUUUGUGAUUAUGACCUGCAUUUGGAUUGCAAACAUCUUUUGUGAUAAUAAUGGUGUGUGAUGUGCUCUACACAGUGUUCCUUUAAUUACAUGCUCACGAAUUUCUUACGUUUAAUGUUAAAAUUGCGGGAUUGUUUAUUUA